AUGUCUUACACGACCAACGACUCUCACCCCCAGACUCGACACACAACUCUCUCUCCAACCUCCAAUAAGCCGUUUCGACAGGCGACUUCGCCGUUAGUCAGAACCACAAUGCCUUCGCCACGCACAUCUCCAGCCAUGCGGCCCACGUCUCCGAGGACCUCAUCAUCACACUUCGACACCCUACAACCGCCAACAACAACACAGCGGCCCCUUCAUUCGAGGACAAACAGCAACAACCAGCGACGAGCUCCCAACAACUCGCUGAAACUCCCAUCGCUACCCAGAUUUCAUCCGGCAAACUUUCCAUCUGCUCAUAGCAGCAUGCAGACCACGCCAGAUGGUACACUAUCACCGCAACCGCCUGUGUCACCGAGAGCGCAUCAGAGAAUAUAUAGCGAUGCGCAAAAGCAGCUUUUCUUCAAUCAACGAGAGAUGCUUUCUGCAGCUGCUCGUGGUACCUCACCGAGCCAAGCUGGAAAGCCCAGGAGCCCCCGCCUGCAACCGCUAGGCAGUCCCGGCCCAGUCACGCCCUUGGAACUCGAAGAAGACGGAGGCUAUCUUCUUGCUGGAGCGCGCCCUACAUCGAGCGACACUACGUCGUCAGAACAGCUGGUCGAGAGGUUGAUCAGAGAGGAAAGUCGGCGAGUACGGAGCGCAACGCAGGCAGGGCAUCCUCCUAGUCGGUGA